CCUUUGCAUUAAUUCCUCUCCUCUUCCUUCCUCCGAGCACUCAUAAAACUGCCUCAAGCUGAAAUGCUGGUUUCUUCUUCCUGCCAUGUUUCUAAAUCCUCUUCUCUUUGUCUCAUUUCCCCCUUUAAUUUGCUUUAUUUUCACACAUUCCCUUUAUUUCAUGCUUCCAUUUCCCCUCAUUUUCCAUUAACCCAAUCCAAAACACGAAACACGUGCAAAAAAGGUGAGGAUUUGGAGAGAAAUGACGGCUCGUCCGAGCGGCCUUACUUCAUGUCCCCCGAGCUGCACGAGAUCCUCUCCAAAGCCAAGAGGCCGGAGGAAGACCGAGACGGUGUCGAGCUGGGGGAUUCUGCAGACUCUGCGAAGCAAGUGGACGAGGUGAAACUGGAGGAGGAGACUCCUCUUCACCAGCAGGAAGAUGGAGAGAUCCAACUGAAGCAACAGACAGUGCUCAAGCAAGACAACGAGGAGGAGAAGCCUCUGCAGGCCAAGGAGGACGCCGAAGAGCCAAAAGAGGAGAAAAUCGAAGAACAAAAAAUCAGUCAGGAUGAAGAGGCCGAAAAGAAAGAAGAGGUGAAAGAAGAGGCAGAAAAGCAGGAGAUAACAAAGGAGGAAAAGACAGAGGAGGUGCCGCCUCCUGCUGUGGAAGCUGAAAAAGAGGAUACUGAUGAAAAGAAAGAGGAAAAAGAAGAAACCUUAGAAGAAAAGCCUCCGUCUACACCACAGGAGUAGAUGUUAACAGUAAUGCAAGGGCAUAAAUGUCAGCUUGGUAAACCUCAUAAAGCAUAAAGAAUGAAGAACUGUAUCUGUGUGAUAUGGGCCUGUUAAAUGUACGGCAUACAAGCUAAAAUUACCUAUGGCCUUGCUGUGUGAGCGGCGUGACGUCCAGCUGGAUCAUCACGGUCGCGGUCCACACUUUAAGGUCGAAGCAGGUCAAAAGCCCAGUGCAUAUCUGUAGCUUGGAAAAAUGCUCUCUUGUGUUGGUUUUAGAACAGUGUUGGUUUUUAUAUCGUGAAGAUCUGUAGAACAUUGUGAGUGCUGAACCUGUGCCUGAUUACUGUCACUAAUAUUUGUUGUCUUAAUCCUGUUAACGAAUGCACUACAGAACCACUACGUACCGUGUUUACAGUCGGAGCCAGUGACUAUGUACAAAGAUGAACGACGCCUCUUCGCUUCCUCCUUCUUUACAUAAGUGAAGCCAAAAUAUCCAGGAUACAGACGCUCAUACACCUGCCCAGCCAAUCGCAAGCAGUGCCACUGAUCAUGAGCACACUGAUUGAUGAGCAAGUCAGUUCGCACUCCAAAAAUGUCAAAUACUGCCGCUUUGUCAGUGCUGCCAGUGUCACACACAGAUGCAAAUAAGCUCCUUUUGCGGCAGUAUGAUACACACCGGGCCCGUCAGUUUUAAUGGCAGCGGUCAAAACUCUUCAAGCACAGUUGCUUUGUCCAUUUGUUCAGCGUCCGGAUAUGGUGCACAAAAACAACUUUAGCAGCGGUAUAGUAUGCAUCAGUUGCGUCAGUUUUAGAAGCAGUGGGCAACAACUCAAAUUACCCCACUUUGUCAGUGAUGAAUGCACCGAGGCACUUUUUGCAGUGCCAUGAAAUGCACUAGGCCUGUGGAUUUUAGAGGCAGCUGGCCACAACCCAACUUGUCAAGUACCACUGCACUCUCAGUGGAUGUCAGUGUCAGACACUGACGCACUGAGGCACCUUUCGUGGCAGUAUGAUGAGCGGUGGGCACGUCAGUUUUAGAAGCAAUGGGCAAAAGCCCAAUGCAUCACAUACCACCACUUUGUCGGUGGAUAUUGGCGUCUGAAAAGGACAGACUGAGGCACCCUUUGUUGUGGUAUGAUGCGCUCUGAGGUUUCAGUUUUAGAGACAGUGAGCAACAAGCAAAUUCAUUAAGCACCACUGCUUUGUCAGUGGACGUCAGCGUUGCAUUCGAACGCAAUGAGGCACUUUUUGCCGUAGUAAGAUACUCACAUGUGCGUCAGUUAUAGAGGCAGCGGGCAACAACCUGACUCGUCAAAUACCGCCGCUUUGUCAGUUCUGUCAGCAUCAGACACUGACACAAAGUGGUAUGAUACACAGAGUGCAGCGGCAGUUUGUGAUGCCACCAGCAACUACCAUGAUGUAAAGAGUAAAAAAGUCCUUUUAUGCGGUGGUGGGGGGAUCUCAAACAAACUCUGGACCUUCACCUGGGCAGUUGCUGUUCCCUCCCUGUUUAAAUUUUAAGGCAAGGCCAUUAUGGUUUUUUUUUCUAAAUCUAACCACGUGCGUUUGUUGCUUAGAUCUAAAGAAAAUACAUAUAAAAUAAAGUGUUAUUUUGAAAAGACUCAGUGCGUGUAAUAAGCGUUCGUUGACACGCUGUCUCAGAACAUUCAAAACAGACUCAGGGGGGUACGUAGCACAUCAUAUUUAGACAUGCAGGUCCACUGACGAAGCGGCAGUACGGCAGUAUUUGACAAGUUGGGAUGAGAACGUGAUUGGCACACCCAGCUGUCAAUCAUGAUGUCACAGUCUUUUUUAUUGCAUAAAAUAACUAAUUAAAACCAAACUUAUAAAAACGAGCAUUUGAGCAUACAUCAGCCUGAAAAGAACUACCUUAAAUGGCAAAAACAUCUUUAGAAAAAAUUAAUUGGAUGAUGUUUUAGUUUGGCCAAUGUCCCAUUCACUAACAUGGAUGGGGUGGGGUUAAUGACCUAUACUGCAGCCAGCCACCAGGGGGCGAGGCUGAGAUGUUUUGGCUUCACUUUUGGGGAGCUGUUUUGUCGUCCAUCUUUAUAUAUCCUUCAGUCUGCGGUCAGAACACUCACAUCUCAAUCGAUGGUGAAUCUCUUUCACUGUUUACAAUAAUACCAGCUGACGCCAAAAUGUUACAGACAUAUUUGAUAUACCGUAUAAAUAUUGGAUCUUUUUUUUUCCAAUGGAACUUGUAUAUACACAGUAGUGUACGUCUAUUAUGUAUUUUUUGGCUUCAGUCUUGUAGAGAUCCAAGAUGGGAUCCAAUGUAUUGUAUUGACACCUACUUGCCUUGGUAUUUCGGACUGGCGUAAGUGCUGUGAUUGUGUCGCCAUGACGCAGCCAUCGUGACCUCUCUGCAGACCCCCCACAGUUGUUUACUGAUCUUUCUCGCUCUGUCCUUAUCCUCUCUUUGUCUCUCUCUCUGUCUAAGUGCUGCAUGAUGUUGACAUGGCCUUCUGAAUGCUCGCAACUAACAACUUAAUUCUCUGGAUGCUUUUGUACCCUUUUUCUUGUUUGUCACCUUGUGGAAGAUGUAAGUUGAUUUCCCAAAUGAAAUUACUGAUGACAUUCCAUAUUUAUUGGAUGUAAAUCUUGAUUAAAGGUGAUUGUAUUUAAUCAUAGUAGUUCUGUUAUGGGUAAGCGCUUGAGUUUUAAGGUGGUUUGGAGUUUGGAAGCAGGUGAGUUUUCAUGUCCAGUGAAGGCAGACAGGAAUUUGAUUUUGUCUUAAAGGGGCAGUCCAACAAUUUAGUUUACAUGUUAAGGUCACUUGUCAUGGGGAGUAGUGCACAGCCUGUAAAUCAGCUGAAUAAUGUUUUCUGUAAGGUAUUUCCCAUAAUUGAUCUAAAUCUACUUACAGAGAUUGAAAUGCAUGGUGGGAUGUGGAGUGUCUUGCUAUUUUGCAACUUGACGCAUGUUGGGGAGAAAAUAAAUCAGGAAAUCUCUGCCUCUGCUGCAUUGAUUUUUGAGCAGUGGUUCCCAGCAUUUUGGUUUGAAUUGUUAAAUAACUCCUCAGUUUAAAUGUUCCUCACCUGCUUCUGUC